AUGGCCAAGAAUCGAGAUUUUUCCGAGAAUUAUCUCGUGCUCAAGCCGGAAGACGCCACCGGCUUCGAUCUUGUCCGGAUCUUGAGCUCACGGGACUUCGGAAAAAGGGAUUUUUUCAGUUCUUCGUUCGACGAAGGAGAGUUGAUUGUCGGGUUUCGACAGAGAUGGAUUCUCCUCGUAUCCGUUUUCUUACAAAAAAUUCUUAUCCGCUUGAAAACGCCGAUGGCCGCCGUCGGGAAUGCCGUCGAGCUCGGCCUUAAUUAUCCGCCGGCCAACGGGGGUUUUUGCCGCCUGCUGUUUAAUUUUUUCGCCGGGAGAUUGGUGAGGCCAGAAAGAUCAUCAGAAACAUUCACAUCAAUUAUUGGAAAUCUUGACAAGAGAUUCGAUUUGGAUUUGAAUUUCCAAAAACAUCAUACAGAAAAUAAAAAUAAUAAUAAGUAUGCUUCAUUAGCUAUUAUGGCAUCCAAAUUAUCAUACGAAAAUCAAGCAUUUGUCCAAAAUAUUGUCACACAUCAUUGGCAGAUGGAGUUUUUGGGGUUCUACAGCUUCUGGAAUGAUUACCAAGAAACAAAUUCAACGCACGCCAUACUAUUCCGGCAGAGAUCCGGCGGCGGCGGUGGAACCCUAAUCGUGGUGGCGUUCAGAGGCACGGCGCCGUUCGACGCCGACGCGUGGCGGACGGACAUCGACAUCUCGUGGCACCAAUUCAAGGGCGUCGGUAAGAUCCACCGUGGCUUCAUGAAAGCCCUCGGAAUGCAGAAGUCCGACGGGUGGCCGAAAGAGCUCCGCCGCCGCCGCUGCCGGGAGUUUGCGUAUUACAGAAUCCGGGAGGAACUGAAAACCCUAAUUUCGGAAGACGAGGGGGCAAAGUUCAUCCUGACAGGUCACAGCCUCGGCGGCGCCCUGGCUGUUCUGUUCGCCGGCGUUCUGGCAAUGCACGAGGAGGCGGCGGUGCUGCGGCGGCUGGAGGGUGUGUACACGUUCGGACAGCCUAGGGUUGGAGACAGCCAUUUCGGAGACUACUUGAAGGCCAAGAUGGACUUCUACCAUGUCAACUAUUACAGGUACGUAUAUUGCAACGACUUGAUUCCGAGGUUGCCGUACGACGACUGGACUUUCUCGUUCAAGCACUUCGGGCCGUGUUUGUACUUCAAUAGUCGCUACAACGGCCAGGUUCUCGAAGAGGAACCGAACAAGAACUACUUCUCGUUGCUACACCUCGUACCGAUGACGUUAAAUGCAUUUUACGAGCUUUUAAGAGGUUUCAUCUUGCCGUGGUCGAACGGCGAUCAGUACAAAGAAGGGUGGUUCAUGAAGCUUUUCCGGAUAAUGGCUUUGGUUGCGCCGGGGCUGACAAAUCACUGUCUGUCAGAUUACGUUAACAUCACCCGAUUAGGGAGACUAUCAUUGUCGCCGUCGUCGUCGAUACAUCCUCGAGAAUGA